CGGCAAGCAGCGCGAUUCCAGGUGGCACGAGAGGCACUUUGGCCUGAACUUCAUCGCCAAUGGUCGUCGACGUGUCGAUAUGGAUAGGUUGUUGUGUGGCACAGAGGAGGGCCAUUGAGGGAGUGACAGACACGGGGAGUUCCCAUCUGACCCCUUGUGAUUGGCAAGGAGGAUUUUGCCUCGGAGGAAACACAAGCACAGGGUAACAUCAAAUCUUUUCUUCGACUUUGUAUCUUGUACUGUGGUAAUGUUCUGUUUGUUCAUCCUCGUAUGUACUUCCUCGCGCGGGCCGUCUUCCUGGAGUCGAGCCUCCCGAGCUCCGCAUCAAUCCACGACAACACCGUCGUAAAGUUUGCCUGUUUCCUCGCGAGGACCGUCCUCACUGCUUCGAGAGCGAGCCUUGGAAGAACCAUUCAGUUAGCGCGCACAUGCUUUCCAAAACUGCGGGUUGUCUACAGUAUGGGGCCUGGGGAUGGAAGAAAUACAUACCAAGCAACGUGCGUCUUCUCCACGGCGCAGUCGUACUCUGGGUACUUUUCCCUUCGAGACUUGCUGGUAAGCAGCCCAAACGCUACGUCGAUUACUUUGCUCAAGGUCUCUAUGGAGCGAGAAGCAAAUAUCGUUAGUCGGGAUGAAGGAAAAAUCCCAGCUUUAAGCAAUGGUGGGGCUUAUGAGCGGGAGGGUUUGUCUCCCGCAAGGCGCAAGGGACACACGUACGCAUGACGAGCCCGUCACCAGGUCGUUUGCUGGUGGGAAGACAGCGCCAGUACGCCCACAUCUUCUCGGUCGUCUCGGCAAAGGCCUUGUGG